AUGACGAAGAUUGAACUUGCUGAAAUUUCCAAUGAAUGGGAAUCCAAGAAAAGACUAGAUUUUAGUGGAGACAUUGAUGAUGACUUUGAUGAGGUCUUUUCUGGUGCAGCUGCAGGUAAUGAAUUUGAUAAAGAAAUAGGUGGAGACCCUAAUGAAGAAGAAAAUAACAGUGUCCCUCCUGGUGCUGCUGUGGGUGUUUUAGGACCUGGUGGCAUUGACGAAAAUUUAGGCAGAAAAUUUAAUGAAGACAAUAACGGUGUCUUUUCUGGUGUAGCUGUGGGUGAUGGAUUUUAUGAAGAAAUAGGUGGAGAUCCUAAUGAAGAAGGAAAUAACAAUGUCUCUCCUGGGGGUUUAGGACCUGGUGAUUUGGAUGAAGAUAUAGGCAAUGAAGAAGACAAAAAUAGUGUCUUUUCUGCUGCAACUGUGGAUGAUGAAGAAGGAAAUAACAAUGUCUUUCCUGGAGCUGAUGUGGGUGGUUUAGAACCUAGAAACCCCAAAAAAAAAAAAAUAAAAGAAAGAGACCAACACCAUCUUUAA